CCAUAUAAGUUGCAACCAGGUGGUCCGGGCUAUGAGCUGGUGUAUGGUGCAACGGCAAUCGUGCCAUAUCUGAAGUCGUUGACGCCAGAAGAUGAUCUUGUAGCAUCUUUCAGCGCAAUCGCAAACCACGAGCAAACCCUUCUGACACCUUUACUCCGCUUUUUGACGGACGCAAAACAAGUUGACAGAGGUGUUCGCAUUGUGGGGAGAAGCGAGAUCAAUCUCUCAAGAGUUCCCACUGUCAGCUUUGUUGUUGUCGGACAGAACGCGAUUAAGAGCAAGGAUAUCGUAGGAGCGUUUGACAAAAAAGGAGGGAUCGGAAUUCGAUACGGCCACUUUUACGCGUAUUCUCUCAUUGACAAUCUACGGCCAAAACUAGAUGUGAAUGAUGGAGUCGUCCGCAUCUCACUUGUCCACUAUAACACCGUCGAGGAAGUGGAGAAGAUCUUGGACGUUUUGAGGGAAGUUUUGGCUUGAGCGAUAAUGUAAAAUUAUGUCAACAUUGCAUCAAAGGUGCCCAAUGCCCAUGUAAUCUGGAGCCUGGAGGGUUGAACUUGCUGCCCUCGAUGUUGCUUAUCUCAGCACGGACUCAUUUCCCUUUACAAAUGCUGCAGUGAAGUCACUGUCUAGUAGUAUCU